AGUGGUAGGUGGUAUAAAUUAGAGUUGGUCUCUGAUCAUUUCCUUCAAUUUUCAUAUCCAUGGCUUUAUUCAAUGCAAAUAAUUGCAAAGCCUUUCUGGCUCCCAUAUUUCUAUUUGGUUUCUUCAUAUCUGGCCUCGAAUUAGCAGGUGCACAAUCCGUUGGUGUAUGCAAUGGAAAAAAUGGCAAUGAUCUACCAUCUGAUGGAGAAGUAAUAGAUUUAUACAAAAGCAAUGGCAUCGGAAGGAUGCGUAUAUAUGAACCAUAUUCAACAACUCUCGACGCCCUCAGAGGAUCAAACAUAGAACUCAUCAUCGGCAUCCAUAACAAGGAUCUUCAGGGCCUCACUGACGCUGCAGCAGCAACAACAUGGGUCCAGAACAACAUAAGAAACUACUGGCCGGAUGUCAAGUUCAAAUACAUUGCUGUCGGGAAUGAAGUGCAUCCUGGCGAUGCUAAAGCCCAGUAUGUUCUACCUGCCAUACAAAACAUUCAUAACGCUAUUGCAGUUGCCGGUUUACAGGACCAAAUAAAGGUGUCAACAUCUAUAGACACAACAUUGUUGGGCAAUUCCUAUCCUCCAUCGGCUGGCUCAUUCAGCGACAGUGCAAAUUCAUACAUAACAGCAAUUGUCAACUUCCUUGUCAGCAAUGGAGCACCCCUUCUAGUUAAUGUGUAUCCCUACUUCAGCUAUACCGGCAACCCUUCACAGAUCUCCCUUCCAUAUGCCUUAUUUACUUCACCUGGUGUGGUGGUAAAUGAUGGCAAUCUUGGAUACCAGAAUCUUUUUGAUGCAAUGGUGGAUGCUCACUACUCUGCUCUUGAGAAAGCCGGUGCGCCAAACUUGCAAAUCGUGGUGUCCGAGAGCGGCUGGCCAUCCGAGGGCGGUGAUGCGGCUAGCGCAGAUAACGCAGGCACUUACUACAAGAAUUUAAUUAAUCAUGUGAAGGGCGGGACUCCGAAGAAGCAGGGACAAGCAAUAGAAACUUAUUUAUUUGCCAUGUUUGAUGAAAACCUAAAAGGACCGGAGGAAAUUGAGAAACAUUUUGGUCUCUUCCUCCCUAACAAACAAAACAAGUACCAAAUCACCAGCUUUGGUUAAUUAGAGAUGUGAUAGACAUGCAUGCAUGUAUGUUGGUUUAAAUAAGAGUGCCUUAGAGCCCAUGUAUCCAUCAAUAUCCAUGCACCUACAAUAUUAUUCUUCUUCUAAUAAACAUGUGACAUGACUGAAGGUAUUUUUGUUUUUC